UUCAAAGUCCCGCCCUAAAACAAUGCUGUGCUGCCUUCACUGACGGUGACUUCGGGAUGCCCUUCUCUGACGUCUUGGAUGCUCACGUGUCUGUUGUCAGGUUCGGAUCCAGGGGUGGAUGACAGCGGGAAGUGUGAUCAGCGAGCUGAGUGUUGCGCUGGCCUGAGAGCGGAAAGAAAACCGUACAUUUGGUGGAUGUGAGGGACUCUUGAAAUGUCACUGAGACAGCCAGACGGGAUGUCUGUCGCCCAGGCUUUGGCCAUGACUGUGGCAGAGAUACCGGUCUUUCUCUACUCCACAUUUGGACAGUCCAUAUUUUCUCAGCUAAGGCUUUCCCCGAGCCUGAAGAAGGUGCUGUUUGCGACGGCACUCGGAAGCGUAGCGCUGGCCCUGACCGCUCACCAGCUGAAAAGGAGAGGCAGGAAAAGGAAACAGGCAGACCAAGUGAAGGAGGGCUCGAAGACCGUGGGAAUACCCGAGGCUCUGCUGAAGACAGGAAGACCCUCAUCUCUGAAGAGAGGCCCCAUUACCAGCCGCCAGGUGAUGAGCCCCAGCUCUCGGAGCAAUGACACCAUGAGUGGGAUUUCCUCGCUGGCUCCCAGUAAACACUCGAGUUCCUCACACAGCUUGGCAUCUACUAGAGUCCCAAACUCUCCCAACCAGCCGAUUAACCCUUCCACUCCCUGGGAGGCGGAGCCUGUGGUGGAAGAAUCGGGAGUGGUGGAGGAUGCUAACGCAGAGAACCUGUAUUUGAUGGGAAUGGAGCUGUUUGAUGAAGCACUGCGAAAGUGGGAACAAGCCUUAAACAUUCGUCACCAAGGCAACUCGACCUCCAGUAACAACAGCCUUGCUCUGCAGGGGGCGGCGUGCAGAGACUUUCUCACGAACGAAGAUCGUAAUAAACUGUUUGCCGAGAAGCUGGAGACUCUCCUACACAGGGCGUACCACCUGCAAGAGGAUUUUGGCGGCAGCAUCCCAGCGGAGAGCGUACUGGCCGACUUUGAGAGCGAAGGAACUCUGAUCUUGCCUCGCGUAGAGAGUUUCCACCGGCUGCAAGAUGAGGAUGCGGCUUCAGUUUCGUCUGAUGACUCGUUUUUCUCCGCUGCAGAGCUGUUUGAAAAUAUAACUCUGGAUGAGAUCUACCCACCAAUGAAGCUAGCAGCUCUGUAUGAAGAAGCCUUGUCUCUGGUGCAGGAAGGCAGAGUGAAGUAUAGAACCUUGAGGACUGAAUUACUUGAAUGCUACAGUGACCAAGAUUUCCUCUCCAAGCUUCACUGUGUGAGACAAGCAUUCCAGGUCCUGUUGUUGGAUGAAACUCAUCGCACGUUUUUUAUGGAGACAGGGAAACAGAUGGUUGCAGGGCUAAUGGUUAAGGCUAACAAGAGUCCCAAAGCCUUCCUGGAGAGCUACGAAGACAUGCUGCUUUACACCCAGAGAGAGGAAACGUGGGCCAUUACAAAAAUGGAGCUGGAGGGUCGAGGGGUGGUGUGUAUGAACUUUUUUGACAUUGUUUUGGACUUUAUCCUGAUGGAUGCGUUCGAGGACCUGGAGAGCCCGCCCUCCUCUGUGUUAGCCGUUCUGAGGAACCGCUGGCUGUCUGACAGCUUUAAAGAAACGGCUCUGGCGACCGCCUGCUGGUCGGUGUUGAAAGCUAAAAGGCGUCUUCUUAUGGUUCCCGACGGAUUUAUCGCCCACUUUUAUGCCAUAUCAGAGCACGUGAGCCCAGUUUUAGCUUUUGGGUUUUUGGGGCCAAGGCAGCACCUGAGUGAGGUUUGCACAAUUUUCAAGCAACAAAUAGUGCAGUACCUCAAAGAUAUGUUCGACCACGACAAGGUCCGCUUCACCUCCGAGCAGUGCUUGGCCGAAGACAUCCUGAAACUUUCCCACCGCAGAAGUGAGAUCCUGCUGGGCUAUAUGGGAGUCGACAGUCUGUUGGAGCUCAAUGGAGCCAUGCCCAGAGACGCUGAGGGCUCCUACGGGACCAACAAAGUGUCAUGAAGCGCUUCGACAAAGAGUCUGAACUCCGCAUUGAUUUCUGCACCGAGCCCUUGUUCUGUGACACACUGAGAACCAGCAUUAUUCAGUCAAUUGUUUAUCCUUUCCUCCAUCUGUGCUCUUAAACACAACGACAUGUCAUGGGAUUUAUUUCACCAGGUCUCCUUGUUCCUGCUAAUGAGGGAGAGCGUCUGGGUCCUGGAUUCCUCUCGUCCCUCGUGUUGCCGCUUUGUUACGUAUCCAGAAUGACGACUGUAAUCAAAUUAUCACAGGCGUGUGAGGACUUGUUCCUGCCUCUACCUCUGCCUGGGGGCGAUUCAGAUGCUUGGUGAAAACACGGCUGACAAACACUUCCAACACACGAGGACUUCGCCUUCUGGUGACCCAAACGAGAUCCUUCUGAGAACUGUGUUCAUCACCUGUGGGUUUGGGCUGAAUACCCGUCUUCACUCUGACGAGCAAAGAGAGAACGUGCUUUUGUGUUUUAUGUGAAAAACUGAAGGUUAUUUCUUAAUGAAAUCGCUGCUGCUUAUAGUUCUUGAAAUAAGAGAGGCAAGAUGGCCUUCACCUUAAUUGUCCCUAAAUCCUCCUUUAUUCCAGGAGUUCCAACGAGCUGAAUAACACUGAGACGUAUCUGAUAUGGGGUUUUUGAACAAAUAAUUUAAAACUGGUAUUUCACGAUCCAAUUUGGCUUUUAGUUUGAAUUUGAAUUGACUAUUCCCUUGGCCGACUGUCAGGAAAUGACAACUAAAUACAAGCAUAAAGCGUAAACUUCAGAGCAGAGGAGAACUGAAACUGGCAUCCGAAAAAUGUGUUAGAUAACACGGUUUGUGAGACAUUUCUCUAUAAAUAUACAAUCAUCAUGAAUUAAUUUUUAGAAUCUGUUCAGUUUUAAAGCUGCUAACCGGGCUUUUUGUUAAAUCAGUAAGACUUGCCUUAGGUAUAGCUUGUCAUCUGUAGAUUGUGUCGUGGCGGGUUUUUUUGUUGUUUAGUUAUGUGAUUUUUACUUGUGAUAAAAUCUACCCUCUCAAAAACGAGCUACCAUGUAUAAUGCCUCUAGUGACAUCACACCAGGCACCUCAUCCAAGUUCAUUUGUUUACACCUAUUUAUUUGUUCAACCUUAAUUGUGUUUUUAAUUUAAUUCCCUCUGCAAAGGUAAAUGUUUGCACUCUAUCAGGCUACAGCCAAAAAGUUUGAGCCUCAUGCGAGAACGCUUUUAUGGAUUUCAGGAAAAUUUGGUUACAGUGAAACACGGAAGCUGUAAAAAGGACCGAUGCAGACAAGAUCCAUGGUAGUAUCAGCCAUUUCUCUCAGAUCGCAGGAGUCAAACUUGGACUCAAACCUGCAAAGUUAACCCUCAAUGCAACGUGGAAUGUUUCAGUUCUUCUGCUUCUUGUAAUCUCAUCGCCCCCACAUAAACACAAAUUCAAAGUUAGUUAUUUUCUUGGAUGUGUUUGUCUCUUUGUGAGCUACGUUAUUGAUGACGGUACGGAAAAAUAAUCUCUCUUCUCUUCAAGUACAGUCACGUAAACCAGUAACUUAUUUUCCAAAUGCAUUGUUUGUGGAUUGACUUGAGUCGUUUAGGUUAGACUCCCAGCUAUUGCAUAAGCUGACUCCCUUAUGUUUUUUUUUGUUUUGUUUUUUUUCUGGAAUUAUACCAUCCCUCUUAACUUGUUUAGUCAAGUACAUCUGACAAAUUCAAACCCUCUGGGAAAAAAUACUUACUGAAAACACACCCUCAAAUCACUGCAACGCAUACAUUAAACUGAGACGGUGCCAAGUGGUAGGCGUACGAGUGAUUCUGGUGUCAUGAAGGCUAGAAAGUGAAGCUUACCUAAGUGCACUGAUGGAAGCCCUGAAGUUUUCUGGGUCACAGAAACCCACAUUGGGGCAACAAACUGCCUAACUAAAUUGACCUUUUUUUGUGUAAUCCUUCACUACUAGUGGUACUACUGUAAAGAUGGAGGCACAUUGUAGUUCAGAUAUUAAACUGACUUCAUUAAAU